AUGAUGAUUCGCUUCGUCUUAUUUCUUCUCAUUCUCUUCCCGUGUGCCGGGUCCAUCCCAGGACUUCAGAACCGAGAGGUGACUUGCGGAUCACCCGAUAAGGAUGACUACACCAUCAUUCAAAGACUGAGAAAGUUAGAUCCAUUCCUCGGAGACCUCGAUCAUGGGCAGCCUGGUAUUUCUUUCACGACCGACUAUGGCGACGACAGUCUGCGCUGGUUCAUGGUGUACCAAAACGCGAUCGACUUUAAGCCAUACCGAGCUAUGAAGAUCCCAUCAAACACAACUGUCUUCAUCGACUUGACAAGCUCGUGCCACACAUUCGCCGGAAGACUUGUCCGUGGCGCUGACAUCAACUUCAACGGCGGAGUUCACAAUCUCGGCACAUGGGCAGAGCUGAACUGGGGAAGCUACCCGCUCGCAUAUGGCGGCGUAUCUGUCAUAGAAGGUACUUCGGCGUGA